AUGAUUUCAGUCCACGGGAAUCCCCUUGUCUCUGACGAAGAACUGGGUUCAGAUGGAAAAGGUGGGCAAAACAUCUACGUCCGGGAAGUCGGUAAAAAGCUCACCUCCCUGAAUUGUGAUGUGACCUGGCUGACUCGAAGCGAAUCAAAAGCCGAGUCCGGGGUGGUCGGUCUCUCCGAGAGACUGCGUUGCCGUUUCAUCGUCGCUGGGCCCCAGACGCACAUCCACCGCGACCACCUCUACCAGUACCUGGACGAGUUCGUCGCUCAGAUUCACCCCGCCGCUUUUGACGUGGUCUUCACCUGUUACUGGCUAAGCGCCUACGUUGGAAUGGCACUAGGCUUGCCUCACAUCCAUGCAUCCAUGUCCUUAGGAUAUAUGAAAUACCGACAAGAGUCCAUGUCUUCCAUCGGUCCCACUCGGCUGAGAAUCGAGAAACUUGUCGGUGAGCUAGCUGAUGUUUAUGUUUGUCAAACGCAUGAGGAAAUGGAGCUCAUGCAACCUCGUAAUCCGGUUUACAUUCCGUGUGGCAUUAAUGAAGAAACAUUUCAGAAACUUGAUAAAGCCGAAGCUCAAGAGAAAAUGGGCUUCGACAGCGACCGUCUGAAUGUUUUGUACGUGGGUCGAUUUGCCAAGCAGAAAGGGUACAACUACGCUCUUGAAGCCCUGAGCUGCACCACGAUACCCCACACAUUCCGUUUGAUUGGAGACUGUAAAAGUGUUUCAUCCCUUAAAAGACACCCGUCUGUCCAGUUGCUAGGAUCAAAGAAACCUGAGGAGGUAGCCCUCUUCAUGGCAGCGUCAGAUGUCUUGAUUAUGCCCAGUCUGUACGAGCCUUUUGGGCUGGUGGCCAUCGAGGCCAUGGCGGCCGGAUGCUGUCUCAUCGUGUCGGCGGUGGGAGGUCUUGAUGAGAAUGUUCAAGACGGCGUCAACGGCUUGAAGGUGCCUCCUGGAAACUCAGCUGCCAUCUUGGCAGCCUUCGAGAAAUUAUGGGGUGAUAAAGAGCUCCGAGAACGGAUCAGCAAGACGAACAGACAGCACGCUUUAAAAACCUACAGUUGGAAGUCGGUUGCUGCCGAAAUAAAGCAGAACUUGGAGAAGAUUCUUGACUGA